CUGUAAAAAAUAAGCUUCGUGUGGAUUUUAGCGGCUUGCAAGAAGAGUUUAAAGAGCUCAACUCUGGUCUGCAGAAAGUUAUGGAUGAUGAAGAAUAUAUGAAAGAUCAAAAAGACUGGUUCAGACUGAAGCAUGAUGAUAUGAAUGACUUCUUUUGGCGUUGUGAAGGAUGGAUGAAAGAUGUGUUGAAUCGAGCCGAGCAGGCAGAGGAGUGUGACAAACAGAUAACACCUGCAGAUAGCAGGUCUGCGACAUCUAGGCGGACAAGCAGACACAAAAGUAGUUCCUCUUCACAAUGUGGAAGUUCAGUCUCAUCAUCUUCAUCAGUGAGAUUAAAAGCAGAAUUAGAACGAGCUGCUUUAAAGGCAAAGGCUGCUGCUUUACAGGAAAAGCUAGAACUUGAAAAGGAAGAAGCACAGUGGCACGCAGAGCAAAAUUUCAAGAAGAUUCAAUUGGAGGCUCAAGAAAAGCAACGAGAAGCAGAGUUUGAAGCUCAGCAAAAGAUUUUUGAAGCUGCCUUAAGGGCAAGGAAAGAAAGACAUGCAUUGCAAACAGCAUUAGCAGAAUCCAAUGCUAAAAUGGAGAUUUUGCAGAAAUACGAAAAUGUUCAAGAAGACAACAGCAUUUUUCAGGCUGAUCAAAAAGAUGGUGAAGAAGAUAUAAAAACUAUAUUGCAGUUACCCUCACAGAACACAUUAAAAUCAGCCAGCUUUAAACACACUGCUCCAGCUGCACAUGUUCAAAUGGCUACAUCUGCACCAGAAGUUGAACCUAGAGAUCAGCAUGGGCCAGUACUGGACGGGCUUUGCCAAGCUAUCUCACAACAAGGCCAUGUCACAGAGUACUUGGUGAAGAACCAUAAGGCAUCACUUCUUCCACAUCUCACUAUACCAGUAUUUAACGGAGAACCGUUGGAAUACAGAUCUUUUAUUGGAGCCAUCGAACAUGGAAUCGAGAGUCGCACCGAGAAUGAUCGUGAUCGACUUCAGUUUUUGCUGCAAUACACAAGUGGACAACCACACGAGUUGGUUAAGAGCUGCAUUCAUAUGGAACCUUCAACAGGAUAUGCUAAAGCUAAACAGAUGUUAAAGGAGUUCUUUGGAGAUGACUUCAAGAUUUCAGAGGCCUACAUUAAAGAGGCUUUAGAUUGGCCAGCAAUUAAACCAGAAGAUGGACAUGCUCUUCAGUCCUUUGCACUUUUUCUCACUGGCUGCUCCAACACAAUGAUAGAUAUUAGCUACCUAGAAGACUUGGACAACACAGCUAAUAUAAAGUCUUUGGCAAAUAAACUGCCAUACAGGCUCAAAGAAUCAUGGAGAAAGGCUGCCUGUGACCUGCAAGAAAGGACCAAGAAAAGAGCUAAAUUCAAGGACUUUGUUGACUUUUUGAACCAGCAGGUUAAGUACCUUUUACAUCCCCUCUAUGGAAACUUAAAGGACACCACCAUAACCACAAAAGAAUCUACUAAACCAAAACAAAAACAAUACAUGGAAUCAUCCAAACCAAAGAAGGUGUUUACCACAACCGUUGUUCCACAAAAGACAGAAGAUGACAAACAAGAAUCUUCAAAAACACCACCUACAACAACAGAGACUACCACCAAACCUUGCAUUUAUUGUAGUGGAGAGCGCCACAGCCUCACAGUUUGCAAAAAAUUCAAGAGCAAGCUACAUAAGGACAAAAUUGAAUUCUUGAGAAGCAAAGGUUUGUGUUUUGCAUGUUUGAAGCAAGGUCAUAUGAGUAGCAGUUGCAAGCAGAAACUUAAGUGUCAAGAAUGCUUAAGAUGUCACCCCACAUCUUUACAUAUUACAGCCAAAGGCGCUAAAGAAGAGUCAACGAAAGAAAGUUAUGAACAGCAAUCUGUAACAACUGCUUUAGUACAAACAGCUGAAACCUGUGGUGUCACCGGGGCCGGUAGGGAUGAUUGUGUCCUAUCGAUCAUUCCAGUGUGUGUUAAGGCACAAAAGGGAACCAAGACAGUGACAACUUAUGCAUUUUUAGAUCCUGGUAGCUCAGCUUCCUUUGCUACAGAGUCACUGAUUAAUCAGUUGAACAUGAAUGGGCGCAACAUCAACAUUUCAUUGCGAACUAUGGGAAAUGAAUCAAUUGUGAAUACACGCAUUGUGACUGGUUUGGAGGUCAGCAACUUGAACACCAACCAAUUUGUGGAACUUUCUGAGGUUUAUUCACAAAAGGAAAUUCCUGUAACUAAGGACAACAUUCCCCGCCAAGAGGAUAUUGAUGGUUGGCCCCACCUAAAGGAGGUGAAAGUUCCCACUAUCCAAGCAGAAGUCGGAUUGCUUAUUGGAGCAAAUGUUCCCAAAGCUAUGGAACCAUUGCAAGUAAUUAACAGUGUGGACAAAGGACCGUAUGCAGUAAAGACAAUCUUGGGCUGGACGGUAAAUGGACCGCUUAGAGGCCAAAUGGACAUGCCGAGCGACACAUUGACAGGAAUUACUACAAACCGGAUCUCAGUGGCUAAACUAGAGGAAAUCUGGCAACUGCAGUUCAAACAGGACUUUCCUGAUGCUGGACAAAGUGAAACCAUGGAGAUGUCCAAGGACGAUCAUCAGUUUAUGAGAAUGGUGUCUCAAUCUGUGAAAUUGGAAGAUGGUCAUUAUAGCAUUUGCCUCCCAGUGAAGGAGACGUCUAUAAAGAUGCCAAACAACAGAGUAGUUGCAGCGCAACGUGCACUGAAUUUACGCAAGAGGUUUUUAAAGGACAUUAAGUUUCAUGGAGAGUAUGUUGGAUUUAUCAAUGAUCUGCUCAAGAGAGGCUUUGCAGUGAAACUUGACAGUAAUACCUGUGGCCCAGAGGGAAGAACAUGGUAUCUUC